CGUGACCUCUGUCCUGCCCCAGAAGCGUUAGAGUUCGGACGUGUGUUGCUUGUCGUCGUCAGGUUUGGGAGCGCAUUUCUUGGGAAUGUCGAGGUUAAAAUACGCUUUAAACAUUGUUCGCGACGUAGUCUUGAGUUCAAAGUUGUGCGGAAGUAACUUAGCGCUUGGUGCACGUGCGGCGACAGCUGUACGUGCCCAAAGUCCGCUCCGAGCUCUGUGCACAACAUGUCUGCUUCGCAAAGCCGAGGACAGGAAGGCAAUGAUGGCGUCUCUGCCCAAGAAAGACGAAGGCACGGUCGGGGAGAAAUUGGUCGACAUCGAUCCGUCGCACGAGAGGUGGUCCAUGUUUCCAGACGAAGACACGCCCAGUAUGAUGGUUGACGGCGUUCCUUUUCGGGACCUUCCAAUCUGUCACAUCAAGUGCAGUCUGAACAACACAUUAAUGACGCUCACUGACUCAUCAGGGAAGUGCCUUACAAGAAAAUCGGGUGGCACUGAAGGAUACAGGAAUGCCAAGAAGGGCACCACAGUUGCCGCCCAAGCUGCAGCUCUCAGCUUCAGCCAUGUGGCCCAGCUGAGGGACAUCAAGAACAUUCGGGUUAUUGUCAAGGGCCUUGGACCCGGCAGGCUGGCAUCCAUCAAGGGUCUCCAAAUGGGCGGCCUCACCGUAAUUUCUAUCACCGACAGAACACCGGCUCCCGAGAAGUGUCCAAGACCACGCAAAGCGAAGAGGCUUUGACGUAUGACUGACCAUGCUGUACCAAUUAGUGCUGUAAAUAAAAUAUGAAUUAGACAAUG